AAUUUCUGACCUCAUAAUUGUUUCGAGACCCCAAACAGUAAGAGGAGAACUCUAAAUCAUCAUAUAAAAAAAAUGGCAACCAAAGACCGCAUAACGUGCCACAUCCUCGACACCUCCCUUGGCCAACCGGCCCGUUCGGUGCGCGUCAAGCUCGAGCUUCUGUCUUCUUCCACCUCUUCUUCCACCGCCCAAACCCCCAGCAAAACCUUUGAAUCCAUAACCGACGAAGACGGCCGCAUCAAGACCUGGCUGCCCUAUUCCUCCGCGCUUUCUUCGGGCGAAGUCCCCGUCUACACUCUGGAAGACGUCUUUGUCAACGACAUCAAGGGCCCGUCGAGAUGGAUGUUGCGCUUUGAUACGGCAGGGUAUUUCGAUGGGGAGGAUAAGACCUUCUUCCCCGAGGUGACGGUGGUGUUUAGGGUGGAGGAGGGACAGACUUAUCAUGUCCCGCUUUUGUUGGCGCCGUACAGUUAUUCUACUUAUCGAGGGAGUUAGAGGGGGAGGUUCAGAUGGAAGACGUUGAGAGGAACGAAAAGAAAAGAAAGGAAAGACGGGAUUGGGGGGGUUGGAGACACGGGGGGUGGGUAACGGGUCAAAUGAGAAACCACAUGGGAGGAGGAGCGAUGACGUCGUUGUAGUAGUGGAAGGAUGGAAGCGGCUGAAUCAGUUGCAGAUAUGGGGAAAAUGAGCAUGACAGAUCAACGUUUCAACGGUUUCGAUUUAUUUGGCAUUUUGUUUUAUACAGUCCGAAACCGGUUUGGUAUUGUCAGCUCGAGACCUCGAGUCAACUUCCCUAGAUAUUUGCAUGCUGUGAACAUGCUUUCUCCAAAUGAUAUAUACUGUUUGAAAUCUUGCUAGCUCCUUUCGAAUCCGUACCUAGCCAUUCAUUUGGUCAUCAAGAGGUUUGGGACAAUUGGGAAAACAUCUCGUCCAGUGUCAAUUCCGUGGGGAAUCC